AUGUACCGGAACAACCCUGUGAUAUCAAAUUCGUCGGACUCUCCACAGACAUCCCAGCCUUACUACUCUAGGAUUCUCUUACCAAAAGUGUCGGGUAAUGGUCCAAUAAAUCAUUCUCAAAGGCGACACUCUCUCCUAAAUGGCUCAAGUUCAACAUCCUCAGACCGUUCCAAACAUUCACUAGUUUCAGCCUACUUUGGUCGAAGUCGAACACUACACAGGGAUUCCCCAAGUUAUAUGCCGACUAUCUUUAAUUUCCAGCCUUUAAAUGGUUAUCAUUCUCCGGUUCUGAAACGUCGCGUUUGUCGGACUGAGAGCACAAAGACAAACUUAUUUGGUACUCCUGAGCCACCUAAUUCAGACAUAGCCAUUAAACAUGGUCUACGUGUUUUCGAGUCGAAAAAGCGUGCUCGUGAACUUUCUGAUAUUACUGUUACUACAGAGGAAUCAUCGCAAGAUGAAUCAGACGUUGGAAAUUCUAAGCGUCGAAAAACAUCUAAGACAUUCGAUAUAUCUACCGUGGGGUGCACACACGAUGUCGACGGCUUUUCUUUCACAUCCUUGCGUCAACUCAAUAGCGGAAAUGCAGUUGGGGUUACUGCCUGUGCCACUGAUAACAGAUUACUAUCCAAAGUGAACGAUCGAAAUAGCAAAUCUGUUCAGACGCAACUUUUGAAUGAGUGUGAAGAUGAUAGAACAGUUUCAUCCACAUCAUCCACGGGGAGUGUUAAACCAUUCACAAAUAAUAUUUUUGGAUCUGCUGCAGCUUUGAGAAGAAAGGUUCCAUACAUGUCACCAUCUGAACUUGAAGCCCAUUUGUUGUCUACUAAAGCUUUAACAUAUACGAGUCAGUAUGCUCUAGAGAAUCACACCUCAGAAGCAGGUGAUUUUAAUUCUAUUGAUUUGGAUACAUCACCUUUUCAGUAUUCAAGAAAAAAAGUCACUGCUCGUAGGAUUGCAACUGAAAACAUUCAAACCGUAGAGGAUUCAACUCAGUCGUCUUUAAAUAAUGUUGGGCCACCACUAGUUACUAAUAUAACUUGCUACGAUGAGAAAUUAGAGACUGAUAGUUCAGAACUCCCAGUUGUUCAGCCGACAUCCUUAAAUCGCUUUAUUGCAAACCUUGAAAGUCAUUCAAACCUAUUUCUUGAUAAGAUGAGUCAGUCACAGAUUAAGACUGCUUCUGCGGGAUUUGAUGUGGAAUCGCGUGUAAAACGUAUUCGUGAACUGAUCUCAGCCAAAUCUAGUAAUCAUAAUUCGAGCAGUUCAUGUGGUUAUAGUACUCACUCUACUAUCAGUUCUAUUACAAGUACUAGCUAUUGUAGUCCCAUCACUCAAAUCGUAGCUAGUUCAAAUUCAUCUCCGAUAGUUUCUACCAUAUCAUCGUCACUGCCUAGUGUUCAUUCAACAUCUGGCAUAAGUUUCAUGUCAGUCAUUGUAUGUAACACGUCGGCAUCACUUCAGAAUAUCACUUCUAUUAGCAAUCCAUUGACUUCUUCAACCACUUCUAAACAUUUCAGUUUCCCUGUAAUUAGUUCAAUUAGUGAAGUUAUCAGCACUCAAGCUGUUAUCCCAACAUCUAUUGCCGUUACUUCUAUAGUAAGUCUACCUAGUAGCAUAUGUUUUGGUUUUACUUCUACAUCCAAAAUAUCUUCUCCAUCCAUCUCAGUGACUAGUGCAAGUACAGUAUUGGCAACUGCUGUUACAUCAGUUUCAUUUUCUUUCUCUACUGGUUCUACUGCCCACGUAUCAAAUUUAAAGGAACCAACAAUCAUUUCAACAAUAGCUGUAACUACGUCAGCUUCAGUCUCACAUCCAAUAUUUCCAUCAGUUACCAAUUUCAGUGCUGUCUCAACAUCUGAAAGUAAUUCUGCAGUAGUUCCAUCUUCCAUAUUUACUUUUCCGACCAGCACGAUAACUACAUCUGCCACAAUAAUUUCUGUAAUGGCGACAACAACAGCAACACAGAAGACUACUCCUGCUUUCUCUUUUGCAUUUCCAUCUACUUCAUCAACUCCUUUACAGACGACUAGUUCAAACUUAUUAUCGACAGCAAAUCUUACUUCAAGUGUUUUUGAACCUUUGAAGCCUAUUUCUACAUUCAGUGGGUUUUCUUUCCCGAAACCAGCUAUUACAUCAUCGGCUAGUGCUCCUACUAGUAAUCCAUCAUCGGUAGCUGAAAAUAUAGUUCAGUCCGACAGUAACAGACCGUUUACUUUUGGUUCAAGUAACUCUCAGCCCAUUUCUACGGCUUCCAUUUUUACAUUUGGAGCGUCGACAGUGACUACAUCUUCACUUAACCCAGUCUCAUCCGUUAGUUUUGGAUCAACUUCUAUACCAUCAUUUCUGGGAUCGUUUCCCAACUCUGGACCUGUGUCAAGUAGUUUUGUCUUUGGUGCUAACGUGUCUAAACCUCCAUCAACCAUUUCUAGCGGUACUUUUGGUCAGACAACGGGUACCACGUCAUCACUAAAUUCUGUAGCAAAUAAUGUUGGUUUGUUUACCUUUACAUCCCCAAUUGCUAGUACUUCUGGCGUAUCAUUAUUUGGGUCAAAUUCUGUUAACAUCAGUUCCACAACUGUAUCACUUCCCACAAACACGUCUGUAUCUGGUUUCAGUUCAACUACGAUAAACCCAUUACUUAAUCCAGUGUCUACAACAUUUUCAACAAACUCCUUUACUCUUGGAAUUAAACCAGCAAAUGUAACUCCUGCCAAAACUACAUCUUUAUUUGGAGCUAGUAAUUCGAUUUUCGAAACUCCUAAUACAUCAUCAUCUUUGAAAUUCAAUUUUAAUCAGUUAACUUCUAGCGCCGCAUCUAAUGUAAGCAUCACCAGUGGAUUGUCGUUUGGUGCGACAAUUGUGACUACAACUGUAACUUCUGUAACGCCUGCUAGUACAUUGUUUCAGUUCGGGAGUUUCAGUUCUAAUCCAAAGCCAUCUGCAGCUUCUGUUUCUCAACCACUCUCUUUUGGUUCAUCAGUGCCUCAAUUUUCGUUUGGCCAACACUUCACACCUGCAUGUUCACAACCGAGCACCCUACCAACUUUGUCGUUUUCCUCGCUUAAUUCGGGUCCCAUAACUACUACCACUAACUCUUUUCAAUUCUCUUCAACUCCCGUAUUUUCUAAUAUUAAUCCGCCAACUAAUUUUAGUGGCUUUAAUUUCUCUCUACCCCAAACAUCUACACCAAGUGUAAUUACUCCUCAAACAAAUGCUUGUUUUGUUUUUGGUCAAACACCUUUAAGUACUGGCGUUGCUAAUUCUAAUCCAUUCACUUUCGGUACAUCUUCAACUAGUCCUUCAUCUAAUGCACCGAAUGCGCCUCGACGUCGACCACUUUCAAGCAGACGCUCUCGUCGUCCAUAA